GCCUGCGGUUGCAGCAUCAAGCCAGUGGCUGGAGGGUAUUUGAAAAUGGUAUUACAAUGCUGCAGGGUUCAAUAAACUGGGACUAAUGCAAGAUGAUACAACAUAUGAGAAUGAUGAUGUGAAAGAGGCCAUAAGAAGGCUUCCUGAGAACCUUUAUAACUACAGGAUAUUUCGCAUUAAGAGAGCACUGGACCUGACCAUGAGGCACCAGGUCUUGCUUAAAGUGCAGUGGACAAAAUAUGAGGAGGAUAAAUUCUACCUUGAACCAUAUCUGAAAGAAGUUAUUUGGGAAAGAGAAGAAUGGGCAAAUAAAUAA